CUACUCUUUAUAAUUUUUGCUCAUUAUUCUCUAUUCUCUUUUUUGUUCAUUUUUCUCUAUUCUUUAUAUUUUUUUGCCCAUUAAUUUCUAUUCUGUAAAUAAAUAAAAGGCUUAUCUAGUGACGAUCUAGAUAGGCCUAUGUCUAUGUAUCAUUUGCACGUGGUAUGUAUAAACCACUAAAAUACGACGCGUAGUAUUAUAGUCCUAUUUUGUUUUGCGUAGGUUAAUAGUGCAUUGUUCUUUUUCUCAAAAUAUGGCGCCCUGUGUGGUUCAAGUGUUCCUCUUGUUUAGUUUAAUUCAGUCCACAACAGCAGGUUUUUGUAACAAAGUGUUUGGCCAGAAUGUAGUUUGUUAUUGUGGAGAGGCUGAAGAUAUUGAGAUCAUUCGUAGAGUAAAACAUAUAGAGAUACGUGGUGAAUCAUGUGAUUGCAGAAUAAGGUUGUUAAACCAGAAAGACGUUCUAUUGGUACACUAUCAUGAGAGCUCGUCUUGUUCAUGGAAUUGUUCUCUUGUUUUAUGUGUUCCAAUUCAUAAUGAGACCACUACACAGACAGAUAUUGACACUACUAUUGGCAGUACUGAAGAAACAACCACUACACAAGUACAUAUUGACACUACUAUUGGCAGUACUGAAGAAACAACCACUACACAAGUACAUAUUGACACUACUAUUGGCAGUACUGAAGCAACAACCACUACACAAGUACAUAUUGACACUACUAUUGGCAGUACUGAAGAAACAACCACUACACAAGUACAUAUUGACACUACUAUUGGCAGUACUGAAGAAACAACAGUUACUACACCAGCUGGUUAUAAAAUAGAAAAUAAAGAGCACACAGGACUGAUUAUAUGGGCGACAGCAAGCACCAUUUUACUCAUAAUGGGUGUUGCAUUUGGUGUUUAUUAUAUGAAGUUCAAAAGACCCGUACAAAUUAAUGAAUCAACACCGCUACUAGAUUUUCCUUUUCGUACACCCUUGCCACCACCUCAUUCACCAUCACCUGGUUCACCAUCACCUAUAGUUACAACACUCCCACAGCAGAUCACAGAUCCUACACCCUCGAUUGAAGAAGAUUCACCAAUAGCCCACAGAACGAGACAGAGACGAAAAUUAUCCAUCAUAACAAUUGAAAACCCUGUAUAUGAAAGUCCUGUAUAAAAAUCACCUUACUGUAGUUUGUAUUGGUUUCAGACAUUUUUAGGUAAACUUAUAUUGGUGACCUUGACCUGUCACGAUUUUUUUUGGUUAAAAAUAUCCAAUAUUCAUGUUAUUUUAUAUUGGUAAUCAUGAUUUGUUACGAUUCUUUUGUUAUAUCAGUACUUUGGAGGGGGUGUACUUGAAUUGUCUAUUUGUUGCUAUUUGAGUGAAAAUCUCCUUUUUUUGUAUGGUUUUAGUGAAGGAUAACGGAUAUAUACAGUUUAGUCAUGAUGUUUUUUUAUGUGGGAGAUGUCAGUGGUCAAUAUGUGAAUAUCUAUUAACCUUUUUCUGAUCUAGUAGAAGCCGUCCCUACUUUAAUAUCAUUCCAUAUGCCAUAGAUCUUAAUGUUAUACAAGGUUAAAUGUCUUAAUAUUAAAAACUU